UACACAACCCUCAGUCAACGAUGGCUGCGCCAGCACGACCGCGCAUGCCUGAAGGAAUGCUGAAAACAUUAGCUUUUCGGGACGACGACAGACCCAGCACAGCAGUCAUUCUUGUUUACCCGUUGUUAACAAAGUAAUUCUAGUUGAGCGUGAGUGAACGAAUGCUUUUGCGGUCGUUGUGCGGGUCUGUGUGUGAGCGAGGCGAUGUCCAUUUGCGCGUGUGUUUGUGUGGCUAGCUGAAUGCAGUUUCCUCUAUUUUUCGGUAGACUUGUAGUCUGUGCAUCGGAUAGCAAAUCGCAAGUUCCCACCGCGCUACUACUGGACUUUUAAGCUUUCUUGACACGGAGUCCAACUAUGUCGGCGAAUAAAACAAAGAAAGUAAAAAUGGCUACUAAAUCAUGCCCGGAUUGUGACCAACAGAUUCCAGUUGCGUGCAAGUCUUGCACGUGUGGCUUUAUAUUUAUUAGCCGGAAGCUGCUCAGUGCAAAGCCAAAUGAUCGUCCAUCUUCAGCAAUAGCAGAAAAGUUGGACCCAAAGCGGAGAAGAACGGAGCGCAUCCGUCGAGAUCACAUCGACUCCCCCAUGGUGAACGAUUUGGAGAACAGGAGACACUCCCGCUCCAACAGCCAGUCAGACCCCAUCCGCAGGGGGCGUGGAAGACCCAAGACGGUCGGCCUCAAAAAACCCGAAGAAGAGAAAGAAAAACAGGAGAAGGAAGUGGACAUCUAUGCAAAUCUCUCAGACGAGAAGGCUUUUGUGUUCUCGGUGGCGUUGGCUGAAAUCAACCGCAAGAUCCUGGGUCAGAGGCUGAUAUUAUAGACGCCACUGCAAUAUACAGAGCACUUUGAAUAAGUAACCUGUAAAACAUUGAGAGGAGAGACGGGACAACCAAAGACUAUGGGAAAUGGCAGCUCCAGAAAUCUGACUCGCAUCGGCGUGCAUCAGGUGGAUUGAUGACAUGGAUGAAGCCUGCAGUGGAAGUACUCUGUCCUUCUACAUGUACUGUUAUGUGUCCGGCCUUCAUGGGUUAGAAAUCCUGAAAUUGUCACCUGAAAGACGGCAUAAUCAUUAUAUAUAAGUGCUUCUCUGUGAAUAUCUUUGCUGAAGCAACAGUUAAAACAUAGUUUUGCCUUAAUUGAUUAAUUAAGUCCAUGUUAAUUGAGAAACCUUUAUGGACACUUCAUUAUAAAAGUGAGCCGUCUAAAGAUUUUUAGGGAAAUAAAGAUGUGGGAUGUUGUUGGGAAUUAUUUUUAAUGUUCUGUUCAUAUGUUGUCAUUUAAAUAUAAUCUAUCAUCGAAAAA